AUGGACCUCGAAGUCUCGUACGAUUUUGAAGAUGCGGAACAGGUCUGGAAUGAACUUGACGAGAUAGUAUCCAGAGAGUGCCCUAGCCAAGACCUCAUUGACGACGCUCUACGGUCCUUCCUCACCGUCGCGACUAGUUCUCGUGAGAAGUAUAUCAGCUCUGAGCAUGAUAUCGCGCGUUGUUCCUAUAUCCUACUCUCCUCUCCCCUUUUUGAAAAGCACGAAGAUUAUGUCAGGCGACAGAUCGUCCAUUGCCUGCUUCAGGACGAUGAACCUGACGCCUUACUCUUCGUCACCUCAUUUCUUCUUUUCGAAAUCCGUGAGACAGAAUCCACGGCCGAACUGCUAAACAGAGAGGGUGCUUUCACGCGGCUAUUGGACCUUAUAUCAAAUCCGAAGCAAAAUGCGGAUGCUACUUUACAUCGAAUGCUCAUGGAGCUGCUUUACGAGAUGUCCAGGAUCCAGCGGAUCAGACCUGAAGAACUCGUACACGUUGAUGAUGCUUUUGUGCGCCAGCUUUUUGCGCUUAUCGAAGAGCUCUCGAACGAUGUAAACGAUCCUUACCAUUAUCCCAUUAUCCGAGUCCUCGUGGGUAGUCCAUCGCGAAAGUCCUUGAAAGAAAUGCUAAAUAAUGUACAGCUAGUCCUAAACGAACAGUUCAUGGUAACUGCCCACGAACCCAGCCCAAGUGGCAUGUCACCGGUACCCCUUACAAACAAGGUGAUGAAAGCAUUGGCCACGCAAGGCAGCAGUUUCAAGACCUUCGGCGAGAAUAUUAUCCUUCUCCUCAAUCGAGAAAGCGAGACUUCCCUACAGCUGUUAACGCUGAAACUUCUUUACCUUAUUUUUACCACUCCUUCAACCCAGGAGUACUUUUAUACCAAUGAUCUCCAUGUCCUUGUGGACAUUCUGAUUCGAAACCUCCUGGACCUUCCAUCAGAUGCGGCGGCUCUUCGUCAUACGUAUUUGCGUGUCCUCUACCCACUUCUAGCACACACCCAACUGAAACAUCCUCCUUAUUACAAAUAUGAAGAAAUCCGAAAGCUGCUGGCUGUACUCGCUGGUGCACAAGCAAUUCAUGACUGUGGUGAAGACGACCUAGGCAGUGGCGUAUGGAGCCACUUCGAAGAAGCGGAUGAGACCACAAAACGUUUGGUCAGUCGUUGCAGGACAGUAUCCUGGCUUGAGAAUCCUGAGACUACAGAAUCGGAGAUUCAGGCAGCUCUCAACUCCGGGACAGCUACAUCACCUGUAGAUGUCGUCUCUGGAGAGAAAGAACCUCCUGUACCUCCCAUCCCUCGCAAGCUGCGCAAGCGUAACGCGUCAAGGACAGCUUCAGGAUAUCUGAUUCCGCAGCUCGAUUCAGCACGAGAAUCUGCUCUUAGCGUGCUCGAGGUUGCUGCGCAACGCGAGAAGCCUGGUGUGAUGACACCAAGCAGGAAGGCCUCUCUUAGGGGCGCGGCCAGCAAAAAACAGAAGCCUUUACCUCCUAGGACAAGGAGAUCAACAUGGGGUAGGAGAGCUAGGGAUGUAGAACACAGCACGGAGGAGCACAGCACAAGCGAUGUUACAGCCAGCACAAGAACAGAAGACCAAAAACAGUCGGGCCCUCCUCCGGAAGUCAGUACCGCUAUACUAUUCUCACCUAAAGAUGAGCAUUACUCUCCACCAUUAACAAAACAACCUCCCCCACAAGCCCCCAAAUCCCGCCUCCUCCACAACCUCCCCCCUUAA